GAGAGAGUGAGUGUGGUAGAGAGAGAGAGAGAGAGAGAGUGAGGGACUGUCCGUGAGAGACAUAGGAAGGCGAGCAGGCAGGGCUCUCCGCGCGCGCGCACACACACACACACCCUGAGCAUCACCUCACCUCACCUCGCUCCAGGCCCGCUCCCGCUCCGUCAGCACACAUUUUAAAUGAAUCUUGUCAGGUUCAUGAAUAGCAGAGUUCCGCCCAACAAACGAUAUCAGCCGACAGAAUACGAACAUGCAGCCAACUGCGCCACGCACGCGCUCUGGAUAAUUCCCAGCAUCCUUGGCAGCUCCCUCCUGUGCUUCCUGUCUGAUGAUGAAUGGGAAACCAUCUCAGCAUGGAUCUAUGGCUUUGGCUUGUCGGGCCUGUUCAUUGUUUCCACUGUGUUCCAUACCAUCUCCUGGAAGAAGAGCCACCUCCGGACAGUGGAGCACUGCUUCCACAUGUGUGACAGGAUGGUGAUCUACUUUUUCAUUGCGGCCUCCUACGCCCCCUGGCUGAACCUAAGGGAGCUGGGACCCUGGGCCUCUCACAUGCGCUGGGUCAUCUGGAUUAUGGCAUGUGUGGGCACGGCGUACGUGUUCUUCUUCCACGAGAGGUACAAGAUUGUGGAGCUGAUAUGCUAUACUGUAAUGGGUGUCUUCCCUGCUUUAGUAGUUUUGUCAAUGGCCAACAGGGAUGGCUUGUUUGAGCUCAUAAUGGGCGGCAUGUUCUACUGCCUGGGCAUGGUGUUCUUCAAGAGUGACGGGCUCAUCCCCUUCGCCCAUGCCAUCUGGCACCUCUUCGUGGCCAUUGGAGCCGGCAUCCAUUACUACGCCAUCUGGAGGUACUUGUACACACCAGAGACCAGCGUGAUGAAGACUUCCAGAUGACACACGAGGAAUACGUGACUGUGACACAGAAUGUCGUCACUCUUCCCCGCUCCCCCUUAGUCCCCUUGGGGGGUGGAGGGGGGUGAGAGAGAGAGAGAGAGACCGCUCGGGAACUGUUGUUUUAGCAUUUUAAACAUUUGUUUCCACUUUCUCACAGCUGUUCUUUCAUUCCUGCGAGCUGAACAGAACUGUUCCGGUUUGAAUUUGUUUUUUUUCCCCACAUUAUUCGGGCACAGAUGCUGCCUCAGGCAUUAAUGUUAUGGUGUAUUAUUUAAGAAUAUGAAAACCCACUUCCUCCCUCUCUUGUCAGGUUAGGAAAAGAUGUAUUUCAGAGCAUUGAAAGAAAGACAUGGAUCACUAAUGUAGCUUUC